AUGGUACCAAAGAAAUUAAAUCCAACAAGACAGAAAGCUCUUAAAGCAAUCAGAUCAGGAAAUUAUGAAGAAGCUUUAGAACAUUGUGAAAAAUUAAUUCAGCUUCAUCCCAAAUCAUGUACAUAUAGGUGUGAUCGGGCUGAAGUAUUUAUAGGUCUUGGUAAGAAAUCAAGAGCAAUUGAAGAUUUGGACAGAGUUCUUAAUCUCAAACCAGAUAAAUCAAAUGCUCUGUAUUUACGCGGAUUAACACUUUAUAAGGAACAUGAUUAUAAUGAUAAAAAAGGGGCAAUAUAUGAUUUGUGUAAAGCAUUAAAAAUUGAUCCAAAUGAUCCAUUAUUGGCACUUGAAUCACAUAAAAUUUGUAUUGAAUAUUUUAAACAACGCGAAGAUGGUCAACUUGAAUUGAUUAAUCAUAUGAAUGCGGGGCUUUUACUAAAACCACAAGAUGUUUGGCUACUCAGUAAUCGUGCUUCAAUAUAUUAUCAAAGUCAAUUAUUCCCAAGAGCAAUUGAUGAUUUAAAUGUUGUUUUAUCAAUAGAACCCAAUAAUAUUGAAGCUUUACAAUUUAGAGCCAAUGUUCAUAAGAAAAUAUCUGAUUAUGAAAAAUCAUUUGAUGAUAUCAGUAAAGCUAUACAACUCUCACCUGAAACCCCUUCACUUUUAUUAAAAAGAGCAAAAUUGUUUAAAUUAAAAAAAGAAUUUGAAAAAUCAUUGAAUGAUUUAGAACAAUUAAGUAAUCUAUUAUCAAAUCCUAAAUCUACCAUUGCUGCAUCUCUAUUUAGUAAUCGUGGUCAAGUAUAUCAAGGAUUAUUUAGAUAUAAAGAGGCAUCAAAUGAUUAUACAAGAGCAUUAAAUUUGAAACCCAAAUCAUCAACAUAUAGAAGACGUGCAGAAAUUUAUCAGAUUUUACGACAAUACCAAGAUGCAUUAGAAGAUGCUAAAUCUGCAAUGAAAAUUGAUAAGGAUGAUAUUAAAGCUGCCACACUUAUCAACCAACUCUAUACACAAUUAAAUAGGCAUGAUGAGGCAUUAAAUUUAUUGGAUAAUUCAUUAAGUAAAUCUCCAAAUGAUGUUAUAAAGUUAUCUGAAAGAGGAACAGUCUAUAAAGCUUUGAAAAGGUAUGAUGAGGCAUUGAAUGAUUUGAAUAAAGCAUUAUCAAUUGAUGCAAAAAAUAUUCCCACGUAUCUUUCUAGAGCCAAAAUUUACAGAGAACAAAAAGACUAUGCUAAAUCAUUGUCAGAUAUAACAUCAGCCAUUAAACUGGAUUUGAAAAAUUCCAAACUGAUAAGAAAUCGUGGGAAAAUAUAUACAUUAAGUGAAAAAUAUGAUGAAGCAAUGCUAGAUUUAGAUAAAUCAAUCUCAACUGAGCCAAAUAAUCCUUCAGGUUAUAGAUACCGAGGCAAAGCUUUUUCAAAAAUAAACAAGUAUGAAGAAGCAAUGAAAGAUUUUGAUAAGGUGAUGAAAUUGAAACCAAAUGAUCCAAAUGCUCUACAUGAUAGAAGCGAAACAUUAUAUAAGAUGAAUAAAUUUAAUGAAGCUUUAAGUGACAUCAAUAAAUCUUUGGAAUUAGAUGAGAAUACAAAUUCAUAUGAAUUAAGAGCUUCAAUUUAUGAGAAACUUGGUGAUCAUAAGAAUGUUAUAUUGGAUUUAAGUAAAGUGUUUGAAGUAAAUCCUAAAGAUAAAGGUGUAUUGUUUCGUAGAGCAAAAAUUUAUGAGUCACAAGGACAAUAUUAUGAUGCAUUAAAUGAUUGGAGCCAAUUGGUAAAAUUAGAAUCCAAGAAUUUGGAAUAUUUGAAGGAUCGGGCUAGAUUGUUAUUGACAUUAUGUAGAUAUGAAAUCUUAAAACUUCAACCAGGAAAUCAAAUUAUCAUUUGCAAAAGGUUGGAAAUUUAUCAAUAUUUUAAUAAGACAGAUGAAGCAAUUGAAGAAUUGACAAAACUAAUUGAUAGCACAAUAGAUAAAGAAUUAUUUUGUGUUACAAGAGGAGUUCUUUAUUAUUCUAAAGGAAAUCAAGAAACAGCAUUGGAAGAUUUUGAUAAGGUAUUAGGAUUAGGAAAGGCAAAACCAAAGGAACAAAUUACAUAUACAAAAGACCAGCUUAAGGCAUUAUGUUAUCGUGGAUGUAUUAAUCACUCAUUGAUAGAUUUGAAUGUAGUGUUAGAAAAUGAACCUGAUAACAUUUUAGCAUUAUGUGAACGAAGUUCUAUUUACAGAGAUCGUAAUGAUCAUGAUGGAGCUUGGAAAGAUUUAAAAACCGUUUUAAACAAUGAACUUAAUUCCUCUAAUUCUACUUAUCAACAUCGUUAUUGUCACAAUUCUACUCAAUUAACAACUAUUAGUAAAGUUUAUUUAGUAAUAUCUCUUCUUUCCACUUUACAAACUCAAUUACUCCAAUCUUCUUUAAUCAUGUUACCGUUAGUUGGUAUAUUUGGUCAAAAUCAACAACAAUCCCAAAAAUCAGAUUCUGUAACAACACAAGCAGUUCCAAUACAGCAACAACAACUAACUCAUAAUAAUAAACAUAUUCAACCUAGGGCUCAGCAAAAACAAUCCACAAAUUUUAAUUCAACUUACAAUCCUAUUCGUAGAAAAAAACCAUCAAACAGAAUGAAUAGAAAGAAAAUCGAUCAAGCUAUUGCCUUUUCUGCUUUUGCUGUCGAAGAAGAUCAUCAAGGAAAUCAUGAAUGUGCACUAGAUCUUUAUCUCACUGCUUUAGAGAAUAUAAAAGAUGCAUUAAAAACUAAAUUACGAGACUUUAUUGAUCGUGCCGGAUUAUCUGAAGAGAUGAUCAGUGAGUCAUCAGAUUCAAAGAAUCCAAAUCUUUAUCAAAAUAAUUAUCAUAAAUCUUGCUGCGUUGAUUCUGACUCUUUUAAUAAAUAUCACUCAUCAAAUUGUAAUAACAACAACAUCAACAAUGAUGAUCAUCACAGUAACGACAUCAAUAAUGCUGGAAUAUCAGAUCAUAUAAUCCAAGCUGCUAUUACUGGCGCAGUUGCUUUAAAACAAUCACCAAUACCUGAUGCCAUCACUGCUACUGUAAAUUAUACAAUGAAAAAAAUCAAAAAUAUCGAUGAAACUUAUGGCUUACAGGAUAAAGCUUGGGAAAUUUCAAGAUCUGGUAUAAAUUUGGCUUUUGAGAUUGAUCAACAAUAUAAUGUUCAUGAAAAAGUUGGUAACGUUCUAUUCACUGAAUCUGUAAUACAAAAAUUAUUCACAUAA